AUGAUUGACAGCUACUCAAUUAGUUCGCCGCCUUGACUCCACCUCCUCUUGCUGUGUAAUUUGUACAGUUGCUGAUUCUCUUUUUUUUCUCCGCCUUUUUAUUUUAAGUUCCUUUUAGCUGUUUUCUUUUUCACAACAAAUUAGGCAAACAGAACAAUAAAAAUCAUCAACAACAGAACAAAAUGGAACAAAUACACAAAAACGAAACAAAAACAAAAAAGUAAGUUUCGCAAAGUCAUCUGACAGUUGAAAAAUUAAAAAAAAAAAAGAAAGAAAGAAAGAAAGAAAGAAAAGUAGAAGACGAAAAGAAUAACUGGAAAACAAAAUAUUCUCUUCAGAAAAAAGUCAACAGGCAUUGCUAUUUGGCACCAUUAACAGUUCUGGUGGUGUCUUAGAACUGUCAGCCAAAACUGGUGAACGGUCAAUUUCCAAAAGCUUAUGAAGCAUCAUCCAUACAUAUGUAUACGCACACUCUUUAAGUUUAAUUAUAUUUCUAUACAUAUAUAAAUCUUUCAGUGAAUUCUUCAAGCUUUGAUUGGUUCUGACAGCAUCUAAUUGUGAUAACACGAAAAAAAAAAAAAACUAUAGAAGAAAAAGGAAGAAAAAAUUCGUUUGGUUUUUGAAGCAACUAGGACAACUAUGGGUGCCUCAAUCUGCAAAUCGAAAGUUGGCUGGCUUUUGAUAAUACUCCAAGUAAUCUUUAUUAUAUUGUUUGCUACCACUGUUGAGUAUACGAACACCGCAAACAGUAAAAAGCCCAAGGAUACCCAGCACACUGAUGUCUCAACAUAUUAUGCAAUGUUUCAAGAUGUCCACGUCAUGAUAUUUGUUGGCUUCGGCUUUCUAAUGACUUUUCUGAAGAGAUACGGUUAUGGCAGUGUCGGCUACAAUUUCCUGAUUGCCGCCUUCAUAUUGCAAUGGUCUACGCUGGUAGGAGGUUAUCUGCACGGCAAAGGAAAGACGAUUCACGUGGAUAUAUUGAGAUUACAGUAUAAGCUUCUAAGUAAUUACGAGAAACUCCAGGCUAAUUUCAACAAUGGCGAAGAAAACGCUACUGAAUCAGCAGGAUGGCGAGAUGACAUGAAAUUUUUAUUUCAUUUGACCAAAGGCUUUCGUUUCUUUGAAGAAACCGGCAAUUUUUCUACUACGGUUGAUGUUGGUGGAUCCAUGUUUGUCCAUGCUUUUGGUGCCUACUUUGGAUUGGCUGCCAGCCGCGUUUUAUAUAACCCAGAAAUUGAAGACUCGAAAAAGGAAGGAGCUGUGUACCAUUCUGACGUUUUCGCAAUGAUCGGUACUCUCUUCCUCUGGCUGUUUUGGCCCAGUUUCAACAGUGCUCUGGCCUUAGGAGAUGACCGUGAGAGGGCUUUGAUCAACACAUACUAUGCUCUAGCGGCCUGCUGUGUAGUUAGCUUUGCUGUGUCAUCCUUACUGGACAAGAAAAGUAGACUGGACAUGGUUCAUAUCCAGAACGCUACUCUAGCUGGUGGAGUCGCCGUGGGUACCUCUGCAGAUUUGAUGAUCCAACCUUAUGGUGCAAUAAUUAUAGGUUCAGUUGCUGGCUUGGUCUCUACUUUUGGCUACAAAUAUAUAACACCGUUUUUGUCAUCCAAGUUGAAAACUCAUGAUACGUGUGGCGUGAACAAUCUACACGGCAUGCCUGCUCUUAUUGCAGGUAUUGCUGGUGCAGUCGCUGCAGCAACUGCAACAGAAGACACUUAUGGACUCAGUCUCUAUGAACAUUUUCCGCUCCGUCGUCCUGCAAGCAACGACACAGAGUUUAUUCGAAAUGGAAGUGACUUGUCGGUAGAACUAGGAGCUGGAAGAAGUGCCAUUGAACAAGGAGGAUUUCAGAUGCUAGCUCUUGUUAUUACCCUGGCUAUUGCUGUCGUUGGGGGAGCUCUAACAGGUGCCAUCUUGAAAUUUGUGCCUGUUCUGGAUCAACCACAUAAAGAUAACAUAUUUGACGACAAGAAAUACUGGCACAUACCUGUAGACGAGGAAUCCAUGCAGAAUGGAAACACUGAUAAUGCUACGUUUAUCCAAGUUUCAGCAUAACAUGCUGUCAUGGAACGAAUUGGAUUACAUGGCUAUUUACAAGGAAAAUCGUUUGCUCGGCCUAUUGGCACAUAAAUAGGAUACAAUAUUGUACACACAUGCACAUACACAUAUGUGUGUGAGUGUAUGUGCAAGUGCAUGUAUAUACGUAUGUACAUUGUGCAUAUGUGCAUAUUUAUCUAUACAUACAUAAAUACAUACACACAUAGACACGCUCACACAUAUAUUAAAUGCAAUACAACGAAAAUAAGGAUGAAAACAUUCAAUCUUUAGCUGGCUCCACUGUUUAAUACCCAAUUUUGUAGAGAAAAUCCUUACAAUUCACAUGGGUAUAUAUUAAAUUUAUAAAAAUGAAUAGAAAAUGGAGAUAUACAAUUGUCAAUUUAAAAAUUAAAAUUUAUUAACACAAUAUAUUAUUAUAAUAAUAUAAUAUAAUAAAUAAUUAAUAUUAAAUACAGAUUACAUACAAAUGUUCCGAUUCUUACACAAAAUAAAAUUAGAAAAAUCCGUUGUUUUUGAGUAAGAAUCUCUUCGGAUGUAUGAAUCCUCUUAUAUCAAAAAUUACACUGAAGAGAUUCUUACCCAUAAACAAUGGAUUUUUAAAUUAAUCUAUUAAGGGUAAGAAUCGAAACAAUUGUAUGUAAUUUGUAUUUAAUAUUUAUCAUUUAUUAUAUCGUAUUAUAAGAAUAUAAUAUAAUAUAAUAUUAUCUUAAUAAAUUUUAAUUUUUGAAUUGACGCGUGUAUAUCUCUAUUUUCUAUUCAUUUAUAUAUAUUAUUUAUUUAUUUAUUUAAAGGACACAAUACAUGUCUUUAAGUGCUACUAAUAGUUUCAUAUGUUGAGAAAUAUCUCAGACAUAUUCAACAUAUUCAUCAUGCACAUGUAUAAGCCUAAUGAAGAACUCAUAUGCAUAAAAGUCUUGUCUCCCUCCUGUGAUAUCUAAAAACCUGAUAGUUAAUAUUCGUAACAGUAUGCUUAACCACUAUUCCUCUAAUAAAUUUUCGAGAAAGCAGCCUCCUACUAUAUCGAUGGCCUAGCCAAUAUUGGCUUCAAAGAUAAAUUGAUAUAUAAUACCUCUAAUAAUAAUAAUAAUAAUAAUAAUAAUAAUAAUAAUGAUAAUAAUAGAUCUAGUAGCAUCAAAGACAAAAUAAUAGAUUUCUCCUCUAAUAUUAAUCAGAAUAACAAUAAGAGACCAAAAAUUGGCCAAGGAAAAUUGUUUAAUAGGCGUUAUGUGAAAUUAUCAUACAGCUUGUUGCCUCGAUAGGAAGAGUAUCAUGACACGUGGUCAAUACCAAGAGCCUAGAUUCAGUUGUAACAGUCGCGACCCAGGAUCCGGUCCACUUGACCAACGAUGUAUGAUUAAAUCUAUCAUAUAUGAGGCAGAAGUUACUGCAACCCUAAACAAUAAUACAACAGUUAAGAAGGCCUAUAUUGGAGUAUGUGAAGAGGAAUUUAGAAAUCGCUAUACCAAACACAUAGCCUCCUUCCGACAUAAAGACAAAAACAAAGCUAAUAAUUUGGCUAACGAGACACCACAUAUGAUUAUGUGGAAAAUAAUUGAGAAAUCCAUGCCUUAUGUCAAUGGAUCGAAUAAAUGUAGGCUUUGUUUAAGUGAAAGAGCGCAGAUCUUGUUCAGAUCUAAGAUCCCUAACUUUUUACUGAACUCCAGGUCUGAAAUUUUCAGCGGUUGCAAGCAUAUGUCUAAAGAUAUUUUGAAGAAGUGGAAAAUCCGGCCUAUUCCUGAUUAAGUUGUUGAUAUCUUUCCAGCCUUAGAAUUUAAGGUCUAAGGAGAAUAACUCUUUUACUAUUAUUACUUUUUACUUUUUACAUUUAAAUUUUUGCUUUCGUUUUCCGUUUUUUCAACCAUCCGCACUUUCUAUAUGCCGCGUUUCCAGUUUUUUUUCGCGUUUUUUCUCUUAUUCGAUACGUUCUUUUUAGUUCGUUAUGUGUGGUUUGUAUUUGAUGAAUAUGUUUGAGAUAUUUCUCAACAUAUGAAAUUAUUAGCAGCACUUAAAGACAUGUAUUGUGUCCUUUAAAUAAAUAAUAUUUAUCUCUCA